UUUAAUUUUUUGGUUGUGCUGGUAUUCAGCAUAUCGUUUAAGAUUCUGGUUCAAAAACUAUAAUUAUUUCAUACUAGUUUUUACAUUUACAUCUCCAUCCUUUUUGGCUUUCAUGUAAUAUGGUUUUUGUCUAGUUGAAUAGGAGGUGACAGUAGUAGAAGCAUCUCUUAAGUGUUUCCCACUCCAUGUCUCGUCAGUCGUCAUGAUGACUUAAACUUUCAUUGAAGAAGUACUUUCAAAGAGUUAAGGAACUCAUUAUUUGUAUUGAACUCUUGUGCUUUUGAUACAUCUAAAUAUACUGAUUCAAGAUUAUACCAGAGAUGCUGUCCUCAUAGUUGUUAGAGAAAGUUUAGAUGUGGGUUAGAGGCUCAAAUUUCGAGAAAUGAUUAGUUAACGAACUACUUUGAAGAUUAAUGAUUCUAAUGUGAUAAAAUCACAAUUCCUAUCCUUUCUUACAUUACGAUUCACAGCAGAAACUCUCUAUUCCCUAACUUUUCAUCCACUCAUUUAUGUCACCGGAAGUUCAUACCCCUUCGAUAUCCACGCGCAACGUGCUUCGAGUAGAUUCCCUCUAAUUUGACCUAACUGAACAUGGCUUUAUCUAUCAUCAAAAUGACAUUUACUUCAAAGGUUUUGGCAUUGUUUAGUCGAUGAGUUGAGAUGCAGUAAACUCAUUGAUGUAUAGUUGCUUUCUAUUGUGGAAUAAAUAAUUUUGUUGGAUGUAUCUGUGUUCAGUCUACAGCUGAAGGGUUGAAAACAAUUAAGUGAAACAGAGCUUUUGCGUAUUAAAUCCAACAAUUUUCAGUCAAUAUUUUCAGGAUUAUCAACUGUUUUCUCUUAAAUUCCUUGAGUUGAAAAGAAAAGUUGCCUCGCAGUUUAAACUUACGAGCACAAAGAAGGGUGUGUGUAUAUUUUGUCGAGGAAGGGGGGAAAUGAAGCCUCACAAAAGGAAUGCUAGAGAUGUGAACGAUGAGGUUGAAGAGUUGCUUAGGGCAGCAGAGGAUGCUAAUCUUCUAAAACUGAACCUGAAUUCGCACACAGUUCAUGCCUCCCCUUCUGAUCUACACCCAGAACUAGAGCAACGAUUCCGGUAUCUUAAGUCUGGCUCAAAAUCAAAGGCAAAGCAAGAAAGUAUGACGAAACAAAUGGCACCUUCAGAGUCUGCCAAAGUGGAGAAGGAAGUCGAGGAAGAUGACUUAUUAGCCAGGUUUGCAGCCCUUAAGGCCUCACUACCGAAGCCUUCUUCCUCCAUUUCCUCUUCCUUUGUGGGCAUGGAGAUUUCAGGUACUUCUGUUGGGGAUAUGCGUGCUGACGGUUCUUCAGGUAGUAAAGCUGAAAGUCAUGAUGAAGAUGAAGAUGAAGAUGAAGUUGAAAAGGUCAUAAAGUGGGCCAUGGAUGCUGCACGUCUUGAUCCUUCUCCGAGCUCAGAUGAUGAGGACAAUACUAAAGAUGACAAUUUCGAUGACAGUGAGACAAGUGAUGAGGAUACGGAGAGCCCUCAAAAGAAUCGAAAAGGGCCACGUAAAUAGUCCAUAUCUCUCGAUGUAGCGCUCAACAGAUUUCCGUGCAUCAAGCGACAUCAUUUGCAGCACUUUUCGGUGGCUCUCAGGGUGAAUGUGGUUAACGGACAAGCCCAUCUUUACAUACUUACGAACAUAAUUCUCGUAGAUGUACGCAGCGCCAUUGAAGAUGGGUAGCACCAACCACAUACAGAAUAAGAGCUUCACGUACGGCCAGAAUGGAAGCCUGCAACAUUUUCGGGAAUGUAUUUUAUGUAUACUUGACUCGGUAUUUCACUAUUUCUUAUAAGCUUGCACUAUGUAUUGAUAUGUAUAAAUAUAAAUAGAUAUACCAUUGAAGGAUUCUCCAACAGGAGAGCUCAAAGAGAGUUGUCAAUGAGUAAAGAACCCAGUAUGUCAGCCAUUGUUGAUCGUCUAAUGUUGAAGGGCUUUCGAUAGCUCGCAUUGAUGCA